AUGAAACUCAGUAAAAAGGACCAAGGAGAAGACGAAGAAAGUGAUUCAGCGAAAAAGAAAUUGGACUGGUCCUGCUCGCUCCUCGUGGCCUCCCUCGCGGGCGCCUUCGGCUCCUCCUUCCUCUACGGCUACAGCCUGUCGGUGGUGAACGCCCCCGCCCCGGUGAGUGCGCGCCAAGGCCCGGCAGAGGGCACUGCGGCCCCGCGGAAACCUUCGGGCACCAACAGUCCAGCUGUGGGGGAGUUUGACAUGAUCGAUGAAGGCAAAGAGGAACAAGGGGAGAUGGGAGGAGCCACGGCAAGCCCAGGGCUGCUUACCUGUCCAUCUACCAACCAAAAGACAGGGAAGCACACUUUGCUGGCUAAUAAUGGGUUUGCAAUUUCUGCUGCAUUGCUGAUGGCCUGCUCACUCCAGGCAGGAGCCUUUGAAAUGCUCAUCCCGGGACGCUUCAUCAUGGGCAUAGAUGGAGGCAUCGCCCUCAGUGUGCUCCCCAUGUACCUCAGUGAGAUCUCACCCAAGGAGAUCCGUGGCUCUCUGGGGCAGGUAACCGCCAUCUUUAUCUGAAUUGGCGUGUUCACUGAGCUGCUGGGCCUGCCCGAGCUGCUGGGAAAGGAGAGUACCUGGCCGUACCUGUUUGGAGUGAUUGUGGUCCCUGCCGUUGUCCAGCUGCUGAGCCUGCCCUUUCUCCCGGACAGCCCAUGCUACCUGCUCUUGGAGAAGCACAACGAGGCGAGAGCUGUGAAAGUGUGGACUGCAGGGCAUCCUGGCCAAGUGACAUCCUACCGCUCUCAGGACACCUGUGAUGAGGGUGAACGCAUGAGCCAGGCAAACAGGAGGCGCUUAGUGAAUAUUCAGCAAACGAGCUUCAUUUCAAAGGCCCUUGCGAAGUUUUGCCCCCAGCUAAGGUCGUGGCUGUGCUGGCUGUGCGGCGGGACCUUUUUUUUGUUUUUUUUGUUGGGGUUGUUGAGAGCUCGCUACGUCCGCUGGCAGGUGGUCACCGUGAUUGUCACCAUGGCCUGCUACCAGCUCUGUGGCCUCAGUGCGAUUUGGUUCUAUACCAACAUCAUCUUUGGAAAAGCUGGGAUCCCCCCGGCAAAGAUCCUGUAUGUCACCCUGAGUACAGGAGGCAUCGAGACUUUGGCUGCCAUCUUCUCUGGCUUGGUCACUGAGCACCUGGGACGGAGACCCCUCCUCGUUGGUGACUUUGGGCUAAUGGCCCUCUUCUUUGGGACCCUCACCAUCAUGCUGACCCUGCAGGACCGUGCCCCCUGGGUCCCCUACCUGAGUAUCGUGGGCAUUCUGGCCAUCAUCGCCUCUUUCUGCAGUGGGCCAGGUGGCAUCCCGUUCAUUUUGACUGGUGAGUACUUCCAGCAAUCUCAGCAGCCAGCUACCUUCAUCAUCGCAGGCACCGUCAACUGGCUCUCCAACUUUGCUGUUGGGCUCCUCUUCCCAUUCAUUCAGAAAAGUCUGAACACCUACUGUUUCCUAGUCUUUGCUACAAUUUGUAUCACAGGUGCUAUCUACCUAUAUUUUGUGCUGCCUGAGACCAAAAACAGAACCCAGGCAGAAAUCAGUCAGGCAUUUUCCAAAAGGAACAAAGGAUACCCACCAGAAGAGAAAAUUGACUCAGCUGUCACUGAUGGUAAGACAAACGGAAGGCCUGAACAAGUUUCCUCUUCCACGUUGGACAAUUAUGUCAAAAACAGGAUUGUCUAAAUGGAUAAUCUCACUUUUCAGGAAACUUAAAAUUUACCCAUUAUUGGGAGGCUUAAAUGAAUUGAAGCUGUGCAAGUCUUUUAUAUUAUUAAGUAUUUAAAAGUAAACCUGUGCUAAU